AUGCGAUUCUCACCAUGUCUGCUCAUCGCGGGCCUUUCAACCGGCGUGCACGCCUUCUAUCCCUAUGAGCUCAAGGUCGCCGCCUCGGCAAGUAUCUCAUCUAGGGACUCUGUGCAGCGCCGUUUCUUCCCCUGGGCACUUGUGCCGGACAGCUCGGACGACACCAGCACCGACGCCAAGCCGUUGACCCUCGACAUCAAGAAGGGUUCGGUUCGCCGCGAUGAUACCUAUUCAAUUGUCGAGUCCAACACCCCAACCUUGCCAAACAGCGCCCCCCUCGACCAGGAUGGUAUGGACUUUUCCUACUUCGCUGUGGUGGAGGUUGGCUCGCAGAAGGAGGAGAUGUGGCUGGCCCUCGAUACCGGCUCACCCAGUAGCUGGGUGUUCAGCUCCAGCUGUACGGACAGCGUCUGUACGAGCCACCACACGUUCGACACAUCGGCAUCCAGUUCCUAUAUUUCGAACAGCUCCACCUACAGCGUUGGCUACGGCAGUGGGAAUGUCCGUGGCGACCUGGGACAGGAUAGUUUUUCCAUCGCCGACAUGCAGGUGACGUUCUCGUUUGGCACGGCCACCUCGGCGACGUCGACUUUCUCUAGCUACCCCAUCGACGGUAUACUCGGACUGGGACGAUCAGACACGGGCGGCUGGGAUAUUCCAUCGUUCAUGGACGUCGUUGCCGAAAAGGGUUAUCUUGCGUCGAACCUCGUGGGAUUUAGUCUCUCCCGGGCGAAGGACAACAAGAAGGAUGGAGAAGUCAACUUUGGAACAGUCGAUACCACCAAGUUUGAUGGAAACAUCUCCUACACUGCCACCAGCACGGAUACCUGGACCAUCCCGAUGGACGAGGUCUAUGUGAACGGCCAAGCCGCAGGCCUGACCUCCAAGUCCGCCACCAUCGACAGCGGAACUACUUACGUCUUGAUUCCCCCGUCUGACGCAGCGACCCUCUUUGCACUCAUUCCCGGAUCAUCUAUGUCGGGCGAAAACUACAUCAUCCCCUGCAACUCGACUGCAACCUUGGAACUAUCCUUUUCAGGUGUCAAGUACUCUAUCUCGCCGGAGGACUACAUCGGUGCGACCAGCACUGGUGGCUGCGUGUCCACCAUCGUUGGCCACCAGUCCGCCGGGGCAAAUGACUGGCUAGUCGGAGAUGUCUUCCUGAAGAACGUGUAUACGGUCUUCGAUUUCGAUAACGGCCAGAUCGGCUUCGGAACGCUGGCCACAUCCAACACCACAGGAAAUGGCACAUUUGUAGCCCCGAGCGUUACGGCUACCGCCACCACUGCCGACUCCACCACGGGCUCCACCUCGACAGCGUCGACUGCUUCGACUGCUUCGGAUACAGUUAUCCAUACCGGCGCUGCAUCUCGUCUGUCCCACGGCGCAGGCUUGUCGCUGCUCACAGCUUUGACCAGCAUGCUCUUCGUUUAA